AUGGUGCAAUCUCAAGGGAACCAUUCUAUGGUGCAAGAGUUUAUCCUGCUCGGUAUCUCCCAGGCCAGAGGGAUCCAGCUUUUCCUCUUUGUCCUCUUCCUUCUCUUCUACUCUCUGGUCUUGCCAGGGAACAUCUUCAUCAUCCUGACCAUCUGGAGCAACCCCCGUCUCAACUCCCCCAUGUACUUCUUCUUGGCCAACCUUGCUUUCCUGGACCUCUGCUACUGCUCCAUCACUCCUCCCAAGAUGCUGGCUGAUGUCUUCUACAGCCGCAAGGCCAUCUCCUACAAAGGCUGCAUGGCACAAAUCUUCUUCCUUCACUGGUUGGGGGGUUCUGAAACCUUCCUUCUGAUCUCCAUGGCCAUAGAUCGCUAUGUGGCCAUAUGUCACCCCUUGCGGUACACUGCUAUCAUCACCAGAGUUGUCUGCUACCUUUUGGUCCUGGCCUCUUGGUUUCUCGGACUCCUGCACUCCAUUAUUCAAAUAGUCCUUCUCAUGCCACUCCCCUUCUGUGGUCCCAACACACUGGACAACUUCUUCUGUGACAUUACCCAGAUCAUCAGGUUGGCUUGCAUGGAUACCUAUGUCUUAGAGUUAAUCAUGUUUUUUACUAGCGGACUUUCCCUCUUGAUAUGCUUUGUUCUCCUUCUCAUCUCCUAUGGAGCCCUCUUGGUUAAGGUGAGGUCAGGCUCAGGGAAAGGCAAAAGCAAAGCUUCCUCCACAUGCGUCACCCACAUCAUUGUCAUCUUCAUCAUGUUUGGGCCGGCCAUCUUCAUCUACUGCCAUCCCUUCCGGAACUUUGCCCUUGAUAAGGCGGUGUCCGUUUUCCACACUGUGAUUUUUCCCUUGAUGAACCCCAUGAUUUACACACUAAGAAACAAUGAGAUCAAACAUUCCAUGUGGAAGUUGGUGGCCAAAUACUGCAGGUUCAGGACGAAGAGGAUUCAAUGA